AUGAAUUUUGAUCCGUCGGAUUUCAACGUCAUCUGUGCCCUUCUCGGCCUGUUGAUGUCCGUUUAUGGGCUACUGGCAUACCUGAUCCGUGAAAGAUGCUACCUGUCCGAUGCCUUGAUCUCAUUCAUCCUCGGGGUCCUUCUGGGUCCUGUUACAGGCCUCGUGGAUCCCAUGCGUCUGGCACAAAAUGAUGUCGGCAAUAUCGACCGAAUUACCUCCGCAUUUAGUCGGCUGGUGCUUGGAGUACAACUGGUGAUUGUAGGCAUACAACUACCCAAGCGCUACCUGAUCUACGAAUGGCGUUCACUCGCAGUUCUCCUGCUCCCAGGCUUAACUUGCAUGUGGAUGAUCAGUAGUAUUCUGGUGUGGCUAGUACUACCCCCGGUGCCCUUUCUCCAUGCACUUGCCAUCGGCGCGUGCAUCUCUCCUACAGACCCGGUGCUAUCAAGCGCUAUUGUUAAGGGGGCAUUUGCGGACAAAUACGUGCCGCUUGACCUUCGGCGCCUCAUCAUCGCUGAAUCAGGGGCCAACGACGGACUGGGAUAUCCGUUUCUCUUUCUCCCGUUAUUGAUACUACGGUAUUCCAACUCGGAGACCACUGCGUCCGGGCUCUGGCAGGUAUUAUCACACUGGUUUGGAGAGACGUGGUUCUAUGUGAUUCUGCUCAGUGUCGUGUAUGGCGCAGUGCUUGGAUGGUGUGCCCAAUCGAUGCUUCAUUUCACAGCCAUGAGAGAAUAUCUGGAUAGAGAGACCUUUACCAUAUUUUCGAUUUCUCUAUCCUUGCUUGUCCUCGGAACCGCCGGUAUGGCCAACAGUGAUGAUAUCCUGGCUUGCUUCAUCACAGGGAAUAGCUUUACUAUGAAUCCCUCUGCCUCGGCUGAUCUUGUUGGCGAUAUUGAUACUGGCCCUGCGGCGGCUGCCGGUCAUCCUGUCUCUUCGUCCAUGGGGGGGAGAAGCCAUGGCGGGUCUUGCUGCGUCCAUGCGGGUGGUCGUGUGGUUUCUGAUCAUGACCAGUGUUCUGGUGCAUGGAUUAUCUAUACCGUUGGCGAUGCUGGGUCGCUCGUUGUUCGACUUAUUCCGACCACCUAA